AUGCGCAGUAUCUGCCAUCUCUCGCGAAGAUGGCACCAGCAAUUCUGCCUGUCUCCCAGUUUCACAGCGCAUCAGCAAUGCCUGCAACUUCUCCAACCGGUCCGUCAGUACCGACAGCCUCCUCGAGCCCGCCUUCAAAGCCGUAGGCCGGCGGUCCCCUCGCUAGGAAACCCAGAUGUUCACGAGUACGAGCAACAGGGUGAGGAUUCCUCGACCCGACGUCCAGUUCACAACCCUCUCGACCCCGAAGCGGCCGCCCUCAAGGCAGAGCUGGAUCGGCUAGACCACGAAUUGUCUGUCAUGCGAGAGGGGCCUUUCGGACCAAACAGUGAAUUCAUCCGGUCUUUCCCUGCCGAUGAAAGAGAAGAGCUGCUCAGAGCGCUGGAAGAAGAGGGUGUAAUGCCGUCUGAGAGCGCAGAUCUGAUAUCUGAGGAGGAUCUGGAAGACCUGGCCAGGGAAGAAGAGGGAAAGAAGCAAUCCACACAAGCCAAAUCCUCGCUCAAAGUGACCUUGAGCAUUCCUGUUCGGGACAAAAUCUAUGUCAAGCGAUUUAACGCCGCGUUGGAGACGGCCCAACAGAAGGACGACGACAAGGAAUACUUUGCGCUCUGGAAAUGGUACCUGCGGUGCCAACAGCACGUCCCGAACUUCGCCCUGAUUAUCCCGGAGGACGUCUGGCAUUUUUUGUGGAAAUCCCAGAGCACGAGAUUCUACAGACCAAAACACCUCGCAAUGCUGGGAAAGGACAUGAUCAAGGCUGACGUAUCGCUCGAGGACAGGGAAUGGGUGGAAUACAUUGACGCUCUACAAGCUACCGGAGACAUUGCUGCUGCUGCAGAGACAUGGGAGGCACAGCGACCACGGCUAGGCACGAAUCGCGAACUCGCUGAAUUGUUCUGGGUCGCGGGUAUCGGCCUCUACGUGCAGCUCGGCAAACCACAAAAGGCCCAACGUCUUGCCUUCGAAUGCUACGAGCAUACCACCAUGAUCAACCCCGAGAUUCUAGUCAUGGUCAUCUCGGCGUGGGCAAAGAGUCAACACCCUCAAGCUGACGUCAAAACCUGGUAUUGCUACCUCGAGCUUUGCCGAAAGCUCGAGGCUAACGAAGACGAGAAGACGAGACUGGACAUCCUGGGCCGGGUCAGCAGUGUUCUUCUUGAGGCUGAUCGUCCGGAACUUGCGCUUGCCGUCUUUAAGGACAUGUUUCUGCUGACCGCCACCGCGCCACAAAACUCCUAUAUGAUAUUCAGAGAUUUCGAUAAAGCAGUCACGGAUGUCCACCCCUUCAACGAGGACCUUGUCAGUCAGAUAGGCCUUUCGGUACUGGCGAGCUUCCCGCGGAGGUUCGCGAACAAAUUUUUCUUCACUGCUUGGAUAAAGUGGCUGCUAGGCAAGGGUUUGACAGACGACGCGGCUCUCGUGGUCGAACUCAUGUACGAGCGUGGCAUCAAGCCCGAUGCUGGUCCGUUGAACGGACUGAUCGCGGCGUGGAUACGACAAGGCUCGCCACGGGAUCGUCAGAAGGCUGAAGAAACCGCUUGGGCGAUGAUCCAAUCGCGAAUUGACAUGGUACAGAAUCGGUUGUCGCUGGCAGGCCGCCCCGAGUCGGCUGAUGUUGUGACCAAAAGGGACCCCGGGCAUCGUCUGGUCUUCGGCAAGCGACGCGCACCCGCUGCCACGGUGGAGACGUUCUCGAUCCUUUUGCAGCACUAUACGCGUCGCUCAGACCUGGCAAACGCCAGCCACCUGACGGAUGUGAUGACCGGCUCGGCCAAGAUCAAACCCAACUCGUUCAUCAUGAAUCAUUGGCUCUACGCCUCGCUUCGAUCCGGGCAGAUAGCAGAUGUGUGGUCGAAAUACUCUUCUUUAAAGUCAUCCAUUGUACCGGACGUUGAGACAUUCGCGGCUCUCUGGGAUACCGCGAAAACCUCCUACGCGGCCCCUCGCCGGCGUCAGGGCAUAUUUCCUGAUGUGCGAACACUAUUCGCCGAGAUGCAAGAGUGGUUCGAGAAGCUGGAGGCGAAGAAGAGAGUCUCGGCGCAGGAGGAUUUCUCGUCCGAGUUAUAUGAGCAAAUCAUCCGCUGUUUCUGCCUCUCCUCGGACCCGCUGGGCACACUCUGUGCUUUACAUGGGCUCAACCAAACCUUCAAUACCCUGCCUCAUGAGGAAGUCAGCAGGUUGAUCAUCAUGCAAGUGGCUCGCGCGUAUGCCUCGGACUGGGCGCCCCCGUUACCCGGUGCCCGGGGUCUGCGCAUGAAGAAGAACAUGCAGUAUCAAAGUGCAGUCAAGACUUUGACGGAGAUCAUGGUUGCCAUCUCGGACAGGAUGAUCCAAGAAACAGACGUCGACCCCGAAGCCGUCGCAGAAGCGGAGAGCGAACAGGCCCGACAACUCAGGCUGAAUGUCCUAACUGCAUUCCUGGGUCUUAUCAUUGAGAAGAGGAUGAAAGGAGUGGCGCCAGACGACGUACUCCAGAGAGUUAGUGGGGUUGCAGGCGACAUGAAGACGACUGUCCCUGUCGAUCUGCUAGGACAGCGAGGCUGGGGCGACGUCGAGAUGUGA